AUGCUGUCCGCCGCAUUGACCAAGACGCCGCUCUUCGAGAGCCACGUGAAGUAUGGGGCCAAGUUUGCAGCCUACGCCGGCUUCCACAUGCCUCUCAUUUAUAAAGGCCAGAGCCACAUCGAAUCCCACCACUGGGUGCGGAGCAAGGUCGGGCUUUUCGAUGUCAGCCACAUGUUGCAGCACCGUAUCCUGGGCGCCAACGCCAAGAAGUUCUUGCAGAAAAUCACGCCCAUUGACUUGGAUCUUCUUCUGCCCAACACCUGUAGUUUGUCUGUUCUUCUCAAUCAAGACGGCGGCAUCAUUGACGACACCAUCAUCACCAAGCACGCCGACGACCAGUACUACAUGGUCACCAACGCUGGCUGCAGGGCCAAAGACUCCAAGUUCAUCCAGGAGGAGUUGGCGGGCUUCCAAGACGUCCACCACGAAAACUUCGAGUCUACUUUGUUGGCCGUGCAAGGGCCUCAGGCCGCCGGCUUGAUGCAAAAGUUCACCUCGGAGGACUUGUCCAAAGUUGGCUUUGGCGCCACCCGCUUCUUGAACCUCAACGGGCUCGUAAACUCGGAAAUCCAUCUUUCCAGAACAGGCUACACGGGUGAGGAUGGCUUUGAAUUGUCGAUCCCCUCGUCCAAUGAAGCCGAGGCAGUGGAGGCGCGCGGCUUUUUCGAACACUUGAUUGACGAGUACCCUGACUUGGUCAAGCCCAUUGGCCUUGCUGCCAGAGACUCCUUGAGACUCGAGGCCGGCAUGUGUCUCUAUGGAAACGAGCUCUCGGAGGAGAUCACACCGGUAGACGCGACUUUGCUGUGGUUGAUUCCUAAGACAAGACGCGAUAGCAAUGCGGGCUUCAACGGAAGCUCGAGGAUCUUGAAGCAAAUCCAGGAAAAGUCCGUGAAAAGGCGCCGUAUCGGUGUCGUUUCCGAAGGGCCUGCUGUGAGAACGGGGGGCAAGGUGUUCAACAGCAACGGCGAUGUUUUGGUUGGAGAAACCACCUCCGGCUCGCCAUCCCCCACCUUGGGCAAGAACAUUGCCCAAUGCUACAUUUCUAAAGACGUGAAGAUUGGGGACGGCGUAAAGAUCGAGGUCCGUGGCAAGUUGAGGCCCGGAAAAGUCGUCAAAUUGCCUUUUGUCGAGAACAAGUUCUACAGGGUCUAG